ACCAUCCUCCGAGGGUAGUUCACAAAUCAUGAGUCUCGAUUUGAAUCUUGUAACGGAAGUGUUUCCUACCACAUUUAGCACCAUCAGUUCGAUUGAACAUGCAAGUCAUCAGAUUCAUCGUUUCACGGUGUUUGACUACGGAAUUUUUGUGCUGCUGCUGGGAAUUUCAGUUUUCAUUGGAAUCUAUUUUGGAUUCUUCUCGAAAAUCAAACAGGACAACGUGGAAGAAUAUUUGUUGGGUGGCAAAUCUAUGCCGAAAUUUCCCGUGGCAGCAUCGUUGAUAGCAACGUCCGUCUCCGGAAUCACUUUACUAGGCGUGCCAACGGAUAUUUAUGCCUACGGAACUCAAAUAUGGAUGUUCAUGAUUUCUGCUGUUGUUGUCGGUCUCGUAAUGCACUAUAUCUAUCUCCCAGUAUUCCUAGAUAUGCAACUAACUUCCAGUUUCAGCUAUUUGGAGCAGCGUUUCGACCGCAUUGUUCGUUUAACGGCUAGCUUUGUAUUUGCCUUAUCGGCGCUAUUCCUUAUCCCGGUAGUAAUCUACGUUCCAGCGUUAGCUUUCAGCCAAGUUUCGGGCAUCAACCUUCAUUUGGUUACACCGAUUUUGUGCGUAGUCUGCAUAUUCUACACCACAGUUGGGGGACUGAGAGCCGUUGUUUGGACAGAUACACUACAGUUCCUGUUAAUGAUAGCAGCCAUUCUUGCGAUCGUUAUAUUGGGAAUAGUCGACGUGGGUAGUUUUGCAGAAGUUUGGCGACGGGCAGAUCGUGGUGGUCGACUGAUAUUUUUUGGAACGGAUCCAGAUCCAACCCAGCGUACGUCUUUCUGGUGUGUUGUGUUCGGUCUGACUACCAACUGGAUUGCUGUUUUCGGAAUCAACCAGGCCUGUAUUCAGCGUUUCCUUGCCGUACCGACGCGCAAAGCUGCAAAAAACUCACUAAAGAUAUACAUCUUUGGACUCAUUACAAUCAAUUCACUGGCUUGUUUCAUCGGAUUACUGAUGUACGCCAAAUACGAGGCUUGCGACCCUGUGACCACCAAACAAGUUGAAAAACUAGAUCAAGUGGUUCCGUUUUACGUUAUGGAUGCAGGUGGUAAAAUCCCUGGACUUCCGGGCCUAUUCAUAGUCGGAGUCUUCUCAGCUGCACUAUCUACAAUGUCGUCUAGCCUGAACACCUUAGCUGGAACAAUCUACGAAGACUUUAUCCGCCCCUUUCGGCCCAAUGUUUCGGAACGAUCAUCUAGCACCGCAAUGAAAAUGAUUGUAGUUAUAUUGGGAGUGGUUGUAAUUGUUCUAGUUUUUGUCGUGGAAAAGAUGGGUUCUGUCAUACAAAUUGUAGUUUCAUGUACUGGUGUCAUAUCCGGUUCAGUGAUGGGAAUGUUUACUCUUGGAAUGGUGUCGACAAGAGCCAAUACGAAAGGAGUUGUUUCAGGUGUCGUAAUAUCCAUCAGUUGUAUGAUCACUCUCUGGAUCUCAUCCCUUGGGAAGCUACACUACGAUUACCUCCUCCUGCGCAAUGAUGGAUGCGACGAGGGAAUUCUUUUCUCGCUAGAUAAUUCUACAGUAACAAAUAACUCACCAUCCCCAAGUGAAGAUUUACCGUACAUUUUCAGAAUUAGUUUUAUGUACUACUCGCUUAUUGGGCUGAUUAUAUUCUUGGUUGUUGCCUACUCCGUUAGUAUCUGUACAGGAGGUGGAAAAGUGGUCGACCAGCGACUGUUGACACCGUUUGUCAGGUGUAAAGACGACAUCAAUUGUAAUAUAAAAUUAACUGUCAAGAUAAGUGACGAUCGUCUGUUGGAUGAUUCGGCGAAAGAUAAAAUUUGAUAAGGAUAAAAAUACUAGCGUUAAUUUUGGGAGCAAUGAAACGUGUAGAUUUAAGGAGUCUGCGAUAAUGAUGCUAAUAUAAAAACAUCGGACUUUAGAGGACGUGUACAAAAUGCUCUUCAACUGGAGGGAAAACUCUUUUUACAAACAGUUCAAGUACAAGACAAUUAUACAAUAGGUGUUUUUAUAUCACAAUUCAAUUAAAAGUUUAUGAAAUAAUAAAGAAUUCAACUAGUAUAAUUACAAAUAUUAAAAUUC